AUGGAUACGUAUGACAUCGGAAGCCCAGAAAACAUGGAGUCCAGAGUUACAGACUCUCUAGAGUCAUUCUCAUCCAGUUACCUCGUGGCCUUCUUACGUGAUGGCAGCCUCCUAGCGUCUGGCUCUGAUGAUCAGACUGUCCGCCUAUGGGAUUCGGCCACGGGAGAUGUACAGCAGAUUCUUACGGGUCAUACAGACCGAGUUCGCUCGGUGGCUUUCUCAUACGAUGGCAGCCUAAUAGCGUCUGGCUCUGAUGACCAGACUAUUCGCCUGUGGGAUUCGGCCACGGGAAUUGUACAGCAGAUUCUAACGGGUCAUAUAGACCGAGUUUGCUCGGUGGCUUUCUCAUACGAAAGCUGCCUACUAGCGUCAGGCUCUGAUGACCAUACAGCUCGACUAUGGGAUUUGGCAGCGGGUGCUCUUGAGCAGACUCUUGAAGGUCAUUCGCGUGCAGUCGCUUCUGUGGCCUUUUUAUGCGAUGGCCUGCUGGCGUCCGGCUCCUAUAAUCGGACCGUCAGGCUCUGGGACCCCUCCACCGGUGCUCUACGGCAGACUUUUGAAGGCCAUUCCCGAGCAGUUCGCUCUGUGGAUUUCUCGCCCGAUGGCCGCCUAAUUGCGUCCGGCUCCUAUGAUUACAGCGUCCGUAUCUGGGAUCUAGCUACAGGCUCUCUACAGCAGUCUAUGUCUGGCUCUGAUCAGGGGCCCAUUAGUCUCUUAGAUCUGACUACGGCCGCUCUACAGCAGACCUUACAGGGUUACUCAGGCGCCGUUCGCUCAGUUACCUUCUCAAACGAUGACUGCCUGCUAGCAUCUGGAUCCGAUGAUCAGACUGUUCGACUUUGGGAUAUGGCCUCGGGCGCUCCACUGCAGAUACUAGAAGGUUAUUCAAACUGGAUUCGUUCAGUUGCCUUUUCGUAUGAUGGCCACCUUCUAGCGUCUGGAUCCGAUGACCAGACUAUUCGACUCUGGGACUUGGCAACGGGCACUUUAAAGCAUACUCUCGAAGGCCAUUCAGACUUGGUUUUUUCGGUGGCUUUCUCGUGUGAUGGUUGCUUUCUAGCAUCUGGCUCCUUUGAUAGAACCGUUCGGCUUUGGGAUCCAGCUACAGGCGCUCUGCAGCAGACUCUUGAGGGCCAUUCAGACGGCGUUCGCUCCGUCGCUUUUUUACAUGAUAGCCGGAUACUAGCUUCUGGAUCCUUUGAUCUGACUGUCCGCUUGUGGAAUCCGCUCACGGGCGCCUUGCAGAAAGUACUGGAGUCCAAGAGAAUAAUAACUGAUCUGAAGUUUUCUGAAGACGGUUCGUAUCUCGAGACUGACCUGGGAUACCUCAAGAUCCAGCCCCCGCCAGACACGACAGGCCCAAAUGAGCCUGAUGACAAUAUGUUCUUUAUUGAAGGCCAGUGGGUAAACUUUGCAGGUGAAUACGCACUUUGGCUUCCUCCUGAAUAUCGGCCCGAUUCCUCAACAGUGAAAGGCAAUAGGCUUGCCUGGGGACACGCUCCAGGGAGAGUCUCCAUCAUCGAAUUCUUUACCUAG